AUGGCACCUGUUCAAAGCAGCCCAAGAUUACCUUUAGAACACAUGACAUCGAAAAAGACUUCUUCUCCCUACCAUUCCCAACCAGGCCCCGACAUGGUUCAACUGAAGCAGGUAGUGAAGAUCGUCCGCAAAGGAUAUUCUUUAUCUGAGCCUCCCGUGGUAAAUGAGCCUUCUGGGCCUUCUCAGUCUUGCUUUUCCAGCGAUGAGCGUACAGAGAACGCUCAGGCGGUAGAUGAGAAUGACAGUCUGCAAUGCUCUUAUAAUUGUCAUAUUAUUCCGAAAAGUUCUCAAGUUCGAAGGUCCGGCUCACAUAAAAGUCGGGUGGUGUUGAUGCACAUGAAUAAGGAGCGCACUUCGCCUCGGAAUAUAUAG